AUGUCUUCUGCUCAGGUUGACGAUCAUAGUCCACAAGAAAGAUCAGAUGUCGUCGCUGCUGUCAGAGGUCUUCGAGGUGAUGGUAGCCCUGAUUAUUUUGGAAACACUUCACCGAUAGAAGGUGUAUAUCAAAAGGGUCGUAUGGUCGGAUACAAUGGACAAGAAAACAACGUCAGUCCUGUGAAUCAUAAUGGGAUGAGAGAGGAUAAUGGAUAUGGUCAAUGGCAUAGACAUACUGAAUCCAAUGAGGAGACGGGGAUAUUAAUAGUGGAAGAGGAAGGUGUAAAAUUGACAACUUUACAAAAGUUAAAUAUGGCAAUGGAAAAAAGUCCUGAUAAAGGUGAAACGCUAGAUGUUAGUAGAUGUGAUGUGGAUAGGGUGGAUGAUGUCGAUGUUGAGUUUCUGCGAACGGGUGGGAAGGAGAACAGGGCUAUCGUGUGGAGACUGUCAAGAUUGGCAUUAUCAUACAACGCUCUACGAGAUGGUGCUAUCGCUCAUUCCUUCUCACGUCUCUCCAUGCUCAGAUAUUUGAAUUUGAAGGGGAAUCAAUUCACCCAGUUCCCGCCAGCCCUCACGGACAUGCUUUCGCUCGAGAUUCUGGAUUUGUCCAAAAAUCGCCUCACGUCUUUUCCCGAGAAUCCUGGUCGACUAUCAAGAUUGAAAGUUCUGUCGUUGACAAACAACAAGUUGUCCGUUCUUCCAGAGUAUCUCGUGGAAUUUGAUAGUCUCAAAGUUUUCAAAGUGGGCCAAAACCCCAUCGAGUGGCCGCCGAAAGAGAUUCUAGGAGCCCUCGUGGAGCAUGACAUGGCUGGUGCCGAUAGAUCAGAUACACGGAGAAGGAAAGACGAAGAUUUGAGACCUUGGAUCGCCAAUAUGAAAUCAUGGAUGCGGUCGAAGGCUUCAGAAGGGAAUAGAUCAUUGGCCAAGGGGAGGACUGAAGAGGAUGCCUAUCUGGCAGCAUCAGAAGAGGAACCUCUUAGCGCUUCAUCCUUCAACAUGACUGGCCGUUCAUGGGCAUCACCACCUACCAUCAUGAGUACUCAAUCCUCCCAAGAGACCAUCAAAAAACUCGCACCACUUAGUAUUAAUCAAGAAGAUCAGUGGUCGUCUCAAAACCUCUCCCCGAAUCAGACCAAGUAUCCCUUAGGCCAGCGAAAUUGGUCCGCCGGUACAUCCGAAGACUCACUCAUCCCCUCUCAAUCGCCCAAAGCUUAUCAGCGGCUCAAACCUUACUCUCAUAAUCGAGAUGCAUCUGUAUCAUCCGUCAACACUCCGCCCAUCUCAGCCAGUACAUCUUCCGUCACUCAUUCCCGAAACUCAUCCCUGACUCGAACUCCCACAUCGGACCAUCUCGCCAUUCCUAUUCCCGUGGGACACAAUCGAGGUGCAAGUGAUACAGCCACUCAACGAUUGAGUGGUCAACUCACUGUGAAGAAGUCUCUUCCUGAUUUGCGACAGAGUCACGCCAGAAUCAUACAAGAGAGAAGAAUUGAGGUGUCCCAGAUGCCUGAUUCUGGUCCUUUGGGGUUAGGAAUAGGAUCGUCCACAAUGUCCGGCUUCAAAUCUCCAAGUUACACUCUGUCUGGGAAUGUUGACGAUGGGUCCACCUUGCGCAAAUCCUCGACGGAGAAUGAAAAGUCUCGCAUCCUUUCACGUAAGCGUUCCGCAGACGUCCUUCGCCGUGGUCAACCAGAUAUGACUCCUGACCCCUCCAAUGAACGCCGUAACUCUCAAGAAAAUCCAUUGGUGGAUGAAUCUCGAAAUUCGUAUUUCCGACGUAUGAGCAUGUUACCUUCAUCCACCAUCUCCAAGGCCAUCCCUCCUGUCCUUUUGACCUUUGUCGACGCCAUCCGGGGUAUAUUAUUUGCUCUCUCUCAAGUCCAUUCGGCUCUCAGGCAAUAUUUGUUGUUCGCAGUUAACGACCGAGUGGCCGGCAUGUUUAGUCGGGUCAUGGAACCUGCCAGUGGGUACAUGACAAAUCUUAUCAAUGCUUUGGAUCGAUUCGACUCACAUUCUCGUCGGGGAACACCAUCAGUCAACGUCAUACGAAGUGUGAUCGACAGUGCGAAAGAAAGUGUUGCCUUGUUCUCGAAAAUUGUGUCAGUGUUGAAAUUACAAGUCUCCGAUUUAAGAGAAAACGAUGUGAGAUAUACUCGAACCUUACUCCUCAUGUUGUAUGGUAGUAUGGCAGAGGUGGCUAAAAGUUGGACGGCAAUGGUACCUCUUAUAAGAGAUAUACGUCCUUUGUUAUUCACGUCAAUCUCUGCGAUAAAUAAACUCCCUACAGUCUACAAAAUCCCACCUGCCACUUCCCUUGGUGGAACGCCUAUCUCUCCUAUCAUCGAAAGAAGAGAAGGCAACACUUCACCUUCUUUAUUACGCAGUACUGGGAGUAGCGGAGCGCCUUCGUUGGAAAAAGUCCCUUCGAAUCGUUCUCGUAGACAGGGAGGAUCAUUUUCGACUCAAGAUGUGGAAAGGGGUAUGUUGAUGGCUUCUCCUACUCCACGCACUUCAGAAUCUGAUGUCAUGUCAUCAUCAACUUCGGCCACUGGGUCUGGCACAUAUGUACGACAUCGACCUUCUGCUUCAGCACAAGUGGUUCUGGACGAUACGGCUGAAUCAGAGGAAGAAGAAGAAGAAGAAGAGUUAUCAGGACAAACAAUAUCUUCAAAACCUUACAAAGGUAUAAUACCUAUCACACCACCCGAAUUAGUUUAUCCAGGUCCUUCUUCUUCAGAUUCAACAUCGCUCAUCAUGCCACCUCCAAAAAUUUCACACCAUCAUCAAUCAUCAUCUUCUGGAUCUUCACAUGCUUUAUCAUUAUCCAUCACUGGAACACACCAUCCUCCUGGUGGUAUUGGUGUUUCACGUAAAUUAUCAGUGGAUGUACGACCCCCAACACCCACUUCGGCUACUUUAUUCGACGAAGAUUUACUUGACGUGUUGGAAUCCGCCACCGAUAUAGCAUAUACAGUUUGGCUUCGAUUAGCAGAAGAAUUAGGAUCAUCAUCACCAACUUAUCAUUCUCGUGGACAUUUAAAAACUUCUUCUUCUUCUUCUUCUUCCACUUUAUCCACCGAACCAAUUGGUAAACAAGUAUCAUCACAACAUUCAGAAUUACUUUCUCUACUUGAACCAGCAGAAAAAAUUACUACAUCCCUUCGUCAAAACGUAUUGACACUUCGAAGUGAUCCUUCACCUCUUACGAAUUAUUCUCAAACUUCAUUACCUGAUGAUGCUCAAACAUUCAUCAAAACAGUUGUAAAGAUUACCGUUUUGGUCAAAACACUUUCUUCUCAACAUACAUUUUCAACAACCGUACGACAGAGUUGUUCUCGUUUAACUCAAGUAACACGUGAAUGCGCUAUACUCAUGCAAGUAUCUUCUUUAGGUCCGAGAAGAAAUACGAGACCGGGAACUGCUAACGUGUUGGGAUCUUUCCCUACUGGUAUGAACGGUGGACGUUCUGGUGUUAGGAUGGGAGCAAGUACGGAAGAAUUAUCAUUAUCAACACAAUUACCUCAAAGUGCUGUUUAUCCUUCUCACGGUUGGGCAGGUAGGAUAGAAAGGAAUAAUAGUGUUGGAGGUUUAAGUUCUGUUAGUGGUGUAAGUUCUACAAGUGGGACCAACGGACUGAAUGGAUAUAAUGGUUAUGGUGGGUAUAACGGAAUAAAUACGAGUGCUGGUGGAGGGAUGACGGGAGGGUUGAGAGGUUUAGCGUUACCUAAUAAAAUGGCAUUGGGGAGAAGCAGAAGUGCUCAACCCGUUCCAACACAUAAUGGAUGA